ACCAGUGUUCGAGAGUCUCUCCUGUCUUCUCCAUGCAGCAGGUGGUCAGUGUCUGGGUGCGGGACCCGCGGAUACAAAAGAAUGACUUCUGGCACGCCUUCAUAGACUAUGAAAUUUGUUUACAUACCGACAGCGUGUGCUUCACCAAGAAGGUCUCCGCCGUGAGGAGGAGGUACAGCGAGUUCGUAUGGCUUAGGCAGAAACUACAAGCAAACUCCCAGCUAAUGUUUCAGCUUCCAGAGCUGCCCGGGAAGAAUCCCUUCUUCAGCCUGAACAACGCCCGACAGAUCUCUGAGCGUAUGACGGGGCUCCAGGAUUUUCUGAAACAGAUCCUGCAGAACCCUCUGCUGCUGUCGGACAGCUGCUUGCACCUCUUCCUGCAGUCAAAGCUCAGCGUGUCCAAGAUCAAGGCCUGUGCUGCUGGAAGGACCCGCUUCUCUGUGGCGCAGGCGGUGCAGGGCUGUGGCCUGAGAAGAUUCCACUCCGAAGACGAUCUGCAGAAGAUAUGCUGCGACUCGGACUCUGACAGCUCAGAUCCAGGUCCUCAGAUGAAAGAUUUGGAAAUAAAGAAAGCAGCGAGUGCAGCUUCACUCGACUUCAUGGGAAGCAGGCAGGAGGAAUCUCUCAGCAGCUCAUCUGACUCUACAUGAAAACGUCCCCCUUAUCCCUUGAGGAGGAAAGCUGGCUGUUACCCCAUCAUACUGCACUUUUAGAAACUUGUUUUCUCCUAAUUAUUGUCGUUUAAUUUAUGCAUUUCUGUUCUAAACAUGCUCAGUGAAUAACAAUAAAAGAAUAUCAAAGAAGA